AUGCAAGUAGCUGGUGAUAAUUCAUCUGAUGGUGCAUUUGAUUUAACACAAAAAGAUCAUGCGAAGUGUUUAUGUUCCCGCGAAAAAUAUUAUCGAGAAUUAUAUCGUCAUUUAAUUAAAUUUCAUAAAUUAACCGUAUCAAGUAUAGAAGUAAUUCGUCAAGCAAUUCAAAAUAAUGAAAAUCCUUUUGAAAAAACUUUAUUUCAAUUAAAUGAUAUUGUUAUUGAUCAAAUAAAUCAUCUACAAUGUCCAUUUAGUAUUCAUAAUGAUGCAUUAAAAAUAACUCAUAAAUCACCUAAACGUUAUUGUCGAACUGUAAAACCACAACUUGCAUAUUCAUUACUGUUACAGUGA